UUAUCAGAGCGCUCGGCAGCAGAAAGAGAGAGAGAGAAAGAGGGAGACACGGAGGAGACUAGAGCAGCAGCCCCAGCGAUUCUCAAGCGAAAAAGAGAGAGAGGGAGAGAGAGAGAGAGAGGCAGCGUCUGGAGCAAGAGCUGGGCGGGGAAAUAACUGCGGUACUGAAGAAAUACUUCAUUGCCGAACUGCAGAAAUUGGUCGGCAUCGCAACUUCGUCCGUGUAAAGCAAAAUGUCAUCGUCGGGAAAAGACAACAGCUCCCAGCAUGCGAAUUACGUGGGACCGUAUCGCCUGGAAAAGACGCUCGGCAAAGGACAGACAGGCCUCGUGAAGCUGGGAAUCCACUGUGUCACAUGUCAGAAAGUUGCCAUAAAAAUUGUAAACCGGGAGAAACUCAGCGAGACUGUGUUGAUGAAGGUGGAAAGAGAAAUAGCUAUUCUGAAGCUCAUAGAACACCCACAUGUUUUGAAGUUGCACGAUGUCUAUGAAAAUAAGAAAUAUUUAUAUUUGGUUCUAGAGCAUGUGUCAGGUGGAGAGCUGUUUGACUACUUGGUAAAGAAGGGCAGGUUAACACCCAAAGAGGCCAGGAAGUUCUUCAGACAGAUCAUCUCAGCGCUGGACUUCUGCCACAGUCACUCUAUAUGCCACAGAGACCUGAAGCCAGAGAACCUGCUGCUGGAUGAGAAGAAUAACAUCAGGAUAGCAGACUUUGGCAUGGCUUCUCUACAGGUUGGAGACAGUCUCUUAGAAACCAGCUGUGGAUCCCCUCACUAUGCCUGCCCAGAGGUCAUAAGGGGGGAGAAAUAUGAUGGCAGGAAAGCUGAUGUAUGGAGCUGUGGAGUCAUUCUCUUUGCACUUUUAGUGGGUGCUUUGCCAUUUGACGACGAUAACCUGAGGAACUUGCUGGAGAAAGUGAAGCUUGGGGUCUUUCACAUGCCCCAUUUCAUUCCUCCAGACUGCCAGAACCUACUGAGGGGGAUGAUCGAGGUGGACGCCACCAAACGAUUCACGUUAGAACAGAUACAGAAGCACACAUGGUACAUAGGAGGGAAGAAUGAGCCUGAACCAGAACAACCUGUGCCACGGAAAGUAGCAAUCCGCACACUACCCUCUACUGAGGACAUCGACCCAGAUGUGCUUGAAAGCAUGCACUCGCUCGGCUGCUUCCGAGACAAGAACAAACUGAUGAAAGACCUGCUGUCAGACGAUGAUAACCAGGAAAAGAUGAUCUACUUCCUCCUGCUGGACCGUAAAGAGAGAUAUCCUUGCCAGGAGGAUCAGAAUCUACCACCCAGAAAUGAGAUUGAUCCUCCCAGGAAGCGAGUGGACUCUCCGCUCUUGACAAGGCACAACAAGAGGAGGCCAGAACGCAAGUCAAUGGAGGUACUGAGCGUGACAGAGGGCGGGUCUCCUGUUCCUGUGAGACGUGCCAUCGACAUGGCACAACACGGACAGAGUAAAUCUGUUUUCAGUAAAAGCUUGGAUAUCUCAGAUGCCAACCCCAUACUGCAAAGCAAGGAGGAGAGGUCCAGGUCCAUCAGCGGAGCCUCUUCUGGUCUGUCCACUAGUCCCCUCAGCAGUCCUCGGCCCAUGCGGCGGUUUGCCGUUCCUCCACAAUCCGCAGAACUCACACAGUCGCCCAACCACAGCCCCACUCACUUGCCUGUGUCCCGGGUAAACGGCACAGGCCCCCACUCCCCCAAAUCCUUUCAACCAAAGACAAUUGCCCAUCAGCCCAACAACAAAACCCAGACCCUACCGGCCAAGCCCAAAGUUGCAGACAAGCCCCUUCAGGCCACCAGGUCCAACCCACUCCCUAACACGACGCAAGUGCCAUCUACAGCCAAGUCAGAACCUUCUAUGCCCUGCCAACCCCUGCUCCCGCCGAUGCCCGGCAGCCCGAAAGUGCGCCGGCCACUGCUCACGGUGCCACCCAAGCUCUCUGUUCCCCUUUCCCCACUUUCACCCAUCCGGCUUCACCACCUUCACCCGCUGGCCGGGACUGAUCACAACGGCAAAUCUAUCCCCACCUUACAGGUUACGCCCCACCCCUCCCCUAGGGGCAGCCCAUUGCCAACUCCAAAAGGAACGCCGGUGCACACGCCUAAGGAGAGCCCAGCAGGAACCCCUAGCCCUACGCCACCCCCCAGCCCCUCUAUUGGAGGCAUGCCGUGGAGAACACGCCUCAACUCCAUUAAGAACAACUUCCUUGGCUCACCACGCUUCCACCGCAGGAAAAUGCAAGUUCCCACACAAGAGGAAAUGUCCAGCCUAACACCAGAGUCUUCUCCCGAACUUGCCAAAAAGUCUUGGUUUGGAAAUUUUAUUAACCUGGAGAAGGAGGAGCAGAUCUUUGUGGUGAUUCGGGACAAGCCUCUGAGCUCCAUCAAAGCAGAUAUUGUGCACGCCUUUCUCUCUAUUCCCAGCCUCAGCCACAGCGUGGUGUCUCAGACGAGUUUCCGGGCGGAAUACAAAUCCACAGCUGGCCCCACUGUGUUCCAAAAACCAGUGAAGUUCCAGGUGGACAUCACCUACACCGAAAGCACAGCUGCCACCAAGGAGAACGGCAUCUACUCUGUCACUUUCACACUGCUCUCAGGUCCCAGCCGACGCUUCAAACGGGUGGUGGAGACGAUUCAGACUCAGUUGUUAAGUACACAUGACCAGCCUGGUGUCCAGCAGCUGUCUGGCAGCCCAUUGAGUAACUUCUUUGACGUAAUUAAACAGCUCUUUUCAGACGAGAAGAACGGGCAGGUGUCCCAUCCACACGGCACGCCCAAGCAUGCCAACAGCAAGAGACUUGACCCUGAGCCUAAUGACUCCAAAUGUCCAUCUGGCCAAGACAAAGCCAAGAUGGCACCAUCAGUUGGGACACAGGAACAGCCUUAAAACCAGGAGAAAUACUAGAUUACUAGUUUUAAAAUAAAUAAAAUUGAAUAAAAUAAUCCAGUCAUGGUGAAAGGAUACUGAAAGAAUGUUGUUGACUCAAGCUGGUUUUAACCAAGCCUCUACAAAGUUUUAUAUUAUGGAUUGAACAUUGAAGUACUGUAUGUACUGACCCGACACUUCAUAAAAGGCAAUUACAGAGACACAUGCCUAUUUUUUUUUUCUCCAGUGUUGUUUGUUCUUCACGGUGUUUCGUUAUGUUCUGUUUUAUGAUGCCUUUAUUUAUUUCUGCUACCAGGAAUUAUCCAGAAAACGUGUUAAAGCCCCAAGUCCUUCUCUUGCACAACAAGAUUCAUGUAUGGCACAUUGAUGGAGGGCACAUUACACAGGAAGUUCAGUACAAGCAGCUGAGGGAAACUCCUCAUUAUGAUGCAUCUAAACACCCCAAACACCAACAAGAGCUCCAACCUAUUCCUCAACUCCUUCCUUCUGCAGCUACUGUACAUACAGCCACAUAUGUCCGAGGAUUUGGAGUGAAGCCUUAAAAUAAAGAGGUUUAUGAAUUCUCACUAAGCUAACCCACAAUUCAACUUUUCAUUUAAACAUACUUUUUUUGUUUUGUUUUUACCCUUGCUCGUCUUUUUUCCUUCCCUCUGCUGAUGCACACACAAACAAACAGACGUAAAACCGGACAUCGUUACAAAUGGGGAAUGGAACUCUGGAUGCCCUCGAGGACCGUGGUUGGAUUGUAUUCUUUUCAAUAUAUUCUUUCUCUGUGAAAUUAAGAAUUUAAAACAUUUUAUGGACUCCGUGUCAUUGCUGUACAAGAUCUGGAUAACCUAUUUGAAAAAUGGUGGGGAUGAACUUUGGGGUGGGCUGUGGACUGGGACACGGGUGGGAGGGGGGCAUCAGUAAAUGAUCUAUUCUGUUGUACAGACUGAAAAUAUUCCUUAUGUAACAAAUGUCUAUAAAUCACAUUGCUUGGAUGAAUUGUGUUGCCACAUCCUUUUUUUUUCAUGUAACGUUCAUGAAAUGUUAGUUUUGAAUGACGAUUGUGUUUAAUGUAAUUUCAAUUUGUAUUUAUUUUGUGUUUACUUUUUAUUGAGAAACAUCUGCAGGAUUCAGAGACCUCUUACCUUUUUUUGUAACUUAUUUAUGUGUUUUUGUCAUUUUUUAUUUAUUCAGUUUGGAAUAUUUAUAUAUACAGAACUGGGUGGUGGAGAUUUUAUUGUCUGCAUCAGGGCGACUCAUCAGAUUGUUUGAAGGAUCAUAACACUUAUCCGAUUUUGUGAAUGAAGCACUCUUUCUUUCCUGGCUUUGAACCGAUUAAAGAGCUUGUAGUAUAUGUUAAAUUAUUUACUAGUAAUUUAAGGAUACAUUAACAUGACAACGAAAAUGGAAAAGUUUUUCCCUUGCAUUUUUUAAAAGUUUCACGUAUACAUGACAACGUUUUCAAAAUGAUACGCGUUUACACAUCUGCGAAAACAGGCCAAAACACUAUUACUGUACGUAUGCCAGGCCUUGUUAGUAAACCGUACCUCUAGGGAAGUGACAAUUAUAUGUUGUAUAUGAUGCAUGUCCGCUAGGGCUACACAAUAAAUCACAUGCAAUAUUAAUGCGCAUCUUGUCAGUAAAGACGGUUCUGUAAUCAGCAGUAAAUCUCCAUCACGUGCGUUCACAUGAAGCAGCAUUAACUACACAGAGCCAUUGUUUACGAUCAUAUUUUGCACGUUUCGCGUAUCUUGACAGUGAAUAACGGCUCUGUGUAGUAAAUGCUGCUCCAUGCGAAAACCCACACGUGAUGGAGAUUUACCGCUGAUUACAGACCGGCUUUACUAACAGGAUGCACAUUAAAUAUCCCAUGCUAUAAGUAGGGGUGCACCGAACACGAUCGGCCGAUCGUUAUGCGCAUCUCGUCAGUAAAGCCGGUUCUCUAAUCAGCUGUAAAUUCCCUCAGGUGCGUGAUUUCACAUAGAGCAGCUGUUACUACAUGGAGCCUUUGUUAACAGAGAAGCUGCGCAAAUCCACGUUCAUUUUCAGCGUUUAUUUGGGAAUUUACCGCUGACGAUCGAAUUGAAUUUAGCGCAUUGACGAACGAAUUUAGCGCAUUGACGAUCGGCCGAUCAUGAUCUGUGCACCCCGAACUAUAAGUGUGACGUUUUCAUGAAUAAGCACUUUAAAACCUGUUUUCGGUCCAUUUACAAAACACUGCUGUUGUGUAAACGAACGGUCAAAACACAUAAAAAGUUUCCCAUUUUUUGCUGAAAACGUUGUCAUGUAAAUGGCCCCUAAGAAUGUAGACUAGCCUCUUUAGAGUGGAGGUGAGGGAUAAUUAAGUAUUGAUAUUUGUCACUCAUCUCAUUGUGUGUCUAAAACAGGUAGAUGAGCUCAAAUCACUUUGUAAAUAGAUAACUUUGGACAAAGACUUUCUUAAAACCAUCAAGGGGAUCCUGCUGCUCCUGACUAUCUCUCGUAUUGCAUGUCUGACAUUCAGCUUUAAUUUGCAUGAUGAUGUGGAUGUUAAAUUUCUCCUCCCCUUCACAUUUUUCAUCAUAGACUUGUUUCCCCCAUUAUCAUGCCUUAAUUUUCAGUUUGUUGUUUUUCCCUUAUCUCCCUUAACGUGAACACUAUCUGGCCACAUGCUCUGCAGCAUCAUGCUCUGGGGUUCUGGGAUUUCAUAUCAUGAUCACUUAUGGGAACAUACAGCAUGGAGAAUAAGCGGAGAUGAACUCUAAGCAAUACACAUUGUUGUCCUUCCUAUUUUGUACUUCGGGAGAAAAAAGGAGCAAAGCUGGAUUGUAAUGUAUUACAGAUUUGAUUAAUACAGGGCGGGAAAAAUAGAAUUGCCACUAUUGUAUCCCCUUGUAACUAUACUGUGAACAACUUCACUGCAACAGAAAUAAAUCCAUUGACUUUGGGAUUUA